ACCUUCCCGUGCGUUGGCCUCUUCUCUUAUCAUCUCCUCGAACAGCAACUCUCUCUUUCUCUCUUUUCACCACACACAUACCUUCUUCGUCUUCUUCUUCUUCUGUCUCCUCCAAAAACAAUGACCACGACGACAUCCCGUCUCCAUGUACUUACUGCAACCGGUUUCUCUUCUUUUUCCUCAACAAAACCACCGACUACUCUCUAUCCAAGAACAGUCUUCCUCAGCCAGGGCUUAAUCAAAACGACACCGCUCAACUUCCUCAAAAUCGGAACUGUUCCGGCUCCAAGAUUCUCCGUUUUGAUCCAAGCAUCAAAGGUCAAUCCACCUGGUGAGCAGAAAUGGACUCAUGAAGGCUCAGUUACUGAAUCGCUACCCAACGGUAUGUUUCGAGUGCGCUUAGACAAUGAAGAUUUGAUCAUUGGAUAUAUUUCUGGUAAGAUUCGAAAGAAUUUUGUGCGGAUAUUGCCUGGAGAUAGAGUCAAGGUUGAGGUCAGUCGUUAUGAUUCUUCUCGAGGCCGUAUUAUUUACAGACUUCGUAAUAGAGAUUCAAGCAGUGAUUAAUUUAAUUUUGCUGUUUAGUUCGUAUUAGUGUGAAAAAUAUGUAACAAGUUUUUGAAUUUACAAUUUUGUUGUUUUGAUUUUAUCUAAUUAAUGUAUAAUUCAUGGUUAUGAAUUGUGAUUAUAUGUUUGGUUAGAUGGAAACUUCAGUGUUACAUA